AUGUUCGUUGAACCGGUGCUGAAGCAAAUGACCCUGGAGAGGUUGGCCGUGGAUGUAUUCGGCGUGGUCGGAGUGUUGACCAUCGCCUACGUACUCUACAACCGCCUCGUCCACCCACUCCGCCGCAUCCCCGGCCCCUUCUGGGCCUCCGUGACACCAUGGGUGCAACUCUACCACGGCCUCAAAGGUGAUCGCCAUCUGUGGCUGCACCAGCUCCACGAGCAGUAUGGCACACACGUCCGUGUCGCGCCGAACUUUGUCUCCGUCAACACCGACCGCGGUCUCCACGACAUCUACGGCCACGGCAAAAGACUCCAAAAAGCCGAUUUCUACAACGCGUUCCCCGCCAUCAAGGGUGUGUAUAACACGCAUAAUGCGAUCGACAAGACGAUGCAUGGGCGUAAGAGGCGCGUGCUCAGCCAGGCUUUCUCGGAGACUGCGCUGAAGGGUAUGGAGGAUGUUAUGCUGCUGCAUGUUCGGCAGCUUUGCGCCGUGUUGGCGGGUACUGCUAGCAACGAGGGUGGUGAUAGCAAGGGUGUGGUGAAGAAUAUGGGAAAUUGGUUCAGUUAUCUCUCCUACGACGUGAUGGGUGAGCUCUGCUUUGGAAAGAGCUUUGACAUGCUUGUCGCCGAGGGUCGCAGACAUAUGAUCGGGUUGGUGGAUCGUGCUGCGAAUCGACACUAUGUUUGUGGACUCUGGAUGCCCUUGGACCGCUGGCAUCUCGACCAGAUCUUCAUUCGCAGGCUUACCCAGGACCGUUGGAACUUCAUCAUGAACUCGCGCGUGGAGGCAAACAAGCGUGCCCAGGAGCGUGCCAUGGCUGGACGCGAGGCCAAGAAGGACUUCUUUUACUACCUGUUGAACGCGAAGGACCCGGAAACCGGCAAGGGUCUCAGCACCCCCGAGCUCUGGGGAGAAGCCAACGUCCUCAUGAUUGCUGGUAGUGACACCACCUCGACCACUCUGGCAGCCACACUCUUCUACUUGGUCCGCUCCCCGGAAACCCUGGCCAAGCUGACCAAGGAGGUUCGUGGCGCCUUUUCUGCCGUCGAGGACAUCAUCAGCGGUAGCCAACUCAACGAACUGGUUUUCCUCAAGGCCUGCAUCGACGAGGCCCUCCGUCUUGCUCCCGCCGUGCCGGGUGCACCACCCCGUGAAGUCAUGCAAGGCGGUGCUGUCGUAGACGGAGUCUUCCUCCCCGCAGGCACCGACUGCGGUACACCAACCUACUCAAUCCACCGACAGGCGCAGUACUACCGCGAACCGGAGACCUACAUCCCGGAGCGCUGGAUCGAAGGUGCAACCUGCAAAGCCUCGGGCGUCUCUUGGACGAGUACAAGAGAAGACAUCGAGACGGCGCGCCGUGCAUUCUGCCCGUUCAGCAUUGGACCACGCGGAUGCAUUGGCAAGAGCAUGGCAUUCAUGGAGAUGCGUCUGACAUUAGCUCGGUUGAUCUUCCUCUUUGACAUGUCGCUGGCUGAUCGCCAGGGCGAAGAUUCGAAGGGCCAUUUGGCACUGGUAGACCACUUCACCAGCGCGAAAGAUGGGCCUAACGUGGAGUUUCAAAAAGUGUUGCCAGUGAAUUAA